AUGGAUAAAGUUAGUUUUCGCACCAAAGUCCUUAGCAGACACCUCAAUCAGAAUCCCAACGAUGAUAAUCCGAAGAACCCAUCAACAUUCAUUCAAUCGUCACCCUGUUUGAAUUACACCCCACCAGAGAUUUCUGAGCCCAACUCGAGUUUUGAUGUGAGUUUGAUGAGAAAAUUGAUGGAUGGACAUAAUAUAGAAGACCGGGAUUGGUUGUAUAAUCUAAUACUGCAGAGUAAGCUGUUUAAUCCGAAGGAAAAGGGUGGAAAGACUUUUGUAUUGCCUGAUUACAAUCAGACAAUGGAGCAGCAAAGGGAGAUGACCAUGAAGAGAAUUGAGUACCUUAUGGAUCACGGGGUGUUUCGAGGAUGGCUUACUGCCAAGGGCCCGGAAGCUGAAUUGAGAAAGUUUGCACUUUUGGAUGUUGUUGGGAUAUUUGAUCACUCUCUUGCUAUCAAAAUUGGGGUUCAUUUCUUCCUCUGGGGUGGUGCCAUUCAGUUUUUUGGUACAAAACGUCACCAUGAUAAAUGGUUGAAGGACACAGAAAAUUAUGUGGUUAAAGGAUGCUUUGCAAUGACAGAGUUGGGCCAUGGAAGUAAUGUGCGAGGCAUUGAAACAAUCACAACUUAUGAUUCGAAUUCUGGAGAAUUUGUCAUCAACACUCCUUGCGAGUCAGCUCAAAAGUAUUGGAUUGGAGGGGCUGCCAAUCAUGCAACACAUACAGUAGUCUUUUCACAACUUUACAUUGAUGGAAGUAAUCAAGGAGUCCAUGCUUUUAUUACCCAAAUCAGAGAUGCUAAUGGGAAUGUAUGCCCUAAUGUUCGUAUUGCUGACUGUGGUCAUAAAAUUGGUUUAAAUGGUGUGGACAAUGGUCGAAUCUGGUUUGACAAUGUCAGAAUACCUAGGGAAAAUUUGCUAAACUCUGUAGCCGAUGUCUCUCCGGAUGGGAAAUAUCUGAGUGCAAUUAAGGACCCUGAUCAGAGGUUCGCUGCUUUCUUGGCUCCUUUGACUUCAGGACGCGUGACCAUUGCAAUUAGUGCAAUUUACCAGUCAAAGAUUAGCUUAGCAAUUGCAGUACGAUACUCAUUGACUAGGAGAGCAUUUUCUGUCACACCUAAUGAGCCCGAGGUUCUUUUGCUUGACUACCCUAGUCAUCAACGGAGGCUUCUGCCGCUUCUUGCAAAAACAUACGCAAUGAGCUUUGCCGCUAACUACUUGAAGAUGUUAUUUGUAAAGAGGACACCACAAUUGAUCAAAACGAUUCACAUCGUUUCUAGUGCACUGAAGGCUGCUUUGACCUGGCAUGACAUGCAAACUCUUCAGGAAUGCCGUGAAGCUUGUGGUGGACAGGGUAUGAAGACUGAAAAUCGUAUUGGUCACCUCAAGGGUGAAUAUGAUGUGCAGUCUACUUUUGAGGGUGACAACAAUGUUCUUAUGCAACAGGUUAGUAAGGCACUGUUAGCAGAAUUUGUGGCAGCAACAAAGCAGAGGAAGCCAUUUAAGGGUCUUGGAUUGGAGCACAUGAACCAACCUUGUCCUGUUGUACCGCCUCAGCUUACAAGUGAUGUCAUGAGGAGUGUUGAUUUCCAGUAUGGCAUCUUUUGUUUAAGAGAACGAGAUCUCUUGAACCGUUUUGUGUCUGAUAUAUCACAACGGCAAGCAGAAGGACAAAGCAAGGAGCAAGCUUUUGUAACGAGCCAUCAACUUGCUGAAGACUUGGGAAGAGCCUUUUCUGAUCGCACAAUUUUGCAAACUUUUAUGGAGGCGGAGACAGCUGUCACAGAUGGCUCUGUUAAGAGAAUAUUAGGUCUUUUGAGAUCCAUGUAUUGCCUGAUUACUUUGGAAGAAGAUGCUGCAUUCCUGCGCUACGGGUAUCUUUCGACAGAUAAUGCUGCAGCAGUGAGGAAAGAAGUUGCAAAACUUUGCAAUGAACUGAGACCGCAUGCACUUUCCUUAGUCAGCUCCUUUGGCAUUCCUGAUGCUUUCUUGAGCCCUAUUGCUUUCAACUGGAUUGAGGCCAACUCUUGGUCCUCCAGCAGAAGUUAA